CAGCGGAGGCGCGGGGCCGGAGCGCGGAGCGCGAUACUCAGAUAUUUCUUGCCACUGUGUAGAUGGACAUUUGAAGGUGCCAUUGUCAAACACUUGCAAGCAUGGAGACCUCAUCGAUGCUUUCCUCACUGAAUGAUGAGUGUAAAUCUGACAACUACAUAGAACCUCACUAUAAGGAGUGGUAUCGUUUGGCCAUUGAUACUCUGAUUGAACAUGGGUUAGAAGCUUACCAAGAAUUUCUUGUCAAGGAACGAGUUUCAGACUUUCUAGCUGAGGAAGAAAUAAAUUAUAUUUUGAAAAAUGUCCAGAAGGUUGCACAAAACACCGCACAUGGUACUGACAACUGCUGUGAUGACACCUCAUCUUCAGGGACUUACUGGCCCAUUGAGUCUGAUGUGGAAGCUCCAAACCUUGAUUUAGGCUGGCCGUAUGUGAUGCCUGGUCUUUUAGGCGCUACCCAUAUAGACCUCCUCUUUCAUCCACCAAGAGCACACCUCCUUACGAUAAAGGAAACUAUACGGAAAAUGAUAAAAGAAGCAAGGAAGGUCAUUGCUUUAGUAAUGGAUAUAUUUACCGAUGUGGAUAUUUUCAAGGAAAUAGUAGAGGCAUCAACUCGAGGGAUAUCUGUAUAUAUUUUACUUGAUGAGUCCAAUCUUAAUCAUUUUAUAAGUAUGACUGAAAAACAAGGUUGUCAAAUUCAACGUCUCAGGAACAUUCGGGUUCGAACAGUAAAAGGCCAAGAUUAUCUUUCAAAAACAGGAGCAAAAUUCUGUGGAAAAAUGGAGCAGAAAUUUUUGUUAGUUGACUGUCAAAAAGUGAUGUACGGUUCUUACAGUUACAUGUGGUCAUUUGAAAAAGCCCACCUCAGCAUGGUGCAGAUAAUCACAGGACAACUUGUUGAAUCAUUUGAUGAAGAAUUUAGAACUCUCUACGCCAGGUCCUCUGUUCCCAGUUGCUUUGCUCAGGAAGAAUCAGUGCGGGUGAAGCCUGGCAAAGCCCUCUGGGAAAAUGGAAUUUACCAGAGAUCUGUUUCUUCAUUAGCUUCUGUUUCUAGCCAGAGAAAUCUUUUUGGUAGACAAGACAAACUCCAUAAACUAGAUUCUAGUUAUUUCAAAAACAGAGGGAUAUAUACACUAAAUGAACAUGACAAAUACAGCAUAAGAAACCAUGGAUACAAGCCUCAUUUUGUUUCAAACCUUAAUGGUCCAAAUGCAGUCCGUCAGUUUCAACCCAGUCAGAUAAAUGAAAACUGGAAAAGGCAUAGUUAUGCUGGGGAACAGUCCGAAACAACACCAUAUCUGUUGCUUAACAGAGCUCUGAAUAGAACCACUAAUGCACCUGGACCCUGGAGAAGGCCUUCAGACAGUCUCAGCGUAGCAUCAUCAACUUGGGGAGGCCACACGAGCCAGCACAACAUACCUGCCCAGAGCUUUGCAGACAGGCUUGCCCAGAGAAAAACAACAAAUAUUGCAGAAAGGAAUUCAAAUGUGAGGCGAUCUUUUAAUGGGACAGAUAAUCAUAUUCGCUUUCUGCAACAACGGAUGCCAACUCUGGAGCAUACCACAAAGUCAUUCCUCCGAAACUGGAGAAUUGAAUCCUACUUAAAUGAUAACUCAGAACCUCCAGCGGACUCAAAUGGUUCAGCUCUUGGGGACCGGUUUGAGGGCUAUGAUAGUCCUGAGAGUUUGAAAGCCAAUGCACUUUAUACUCAUUCUAGGCUUCGUUCCUCUUUUGUAUUCAAACCAACUUUAUCUGAGCAACAAGAAGUUAACAGUUGUACAACCGGCUCCUCAAACUCAACCAUCAUUGGGUCUCAAGGGAGUGACACACCUAAAGAGGCCCCAGAUACCCCUACAAGUACACAGCAUUUGGCAGAAAUAACCUUGCCUGAAUCAAUCUCCAAACUACCAACACAGUCAGAGGUGCCAAAAAUGCACACCUUGCAGGUCCCAGAAAACCCAAUGGCUGUGUUAAACCCAACAACAAAUGGCCACGCAGAAUCAAACAGCUAUAUAUAUACAGGCUUGUGUGUGAAUAAGCAAAUGGAAAAUAAUCAAAAAAAUGAGAAUCUGCUUAAAAGGAGAAGUUUCCCAUCAUUUGACCACUCAAAAGUCAAUUUAGAUCAUGGGAAUAAUAAGCAUUAUGUAUAUAGCACACUUACCCGAAACCGAGUCAGACAGCCAGAAAAACCAAAGGAGGAUGCACUGAAAAGUUCUAAAAGUAUGCACAAUGUGACCCGCAGCACAGAGGAAGAGGAGGAUGUUAUCAAGAGAAACCCUUCAAGUGGCACCACCACCAAGUCCAUUUCCAUUGCUGCUUUACUUGAUGUGAACAAGGAGGACCACAAUAGGGAACUUACUUCAAAGAAGGAAGUGAAGGGUUCUCCAAACUUUUUGAAAAAAGGAUCUCAGAAGUUAAGGUCAUUACUUAGUCUUACCCCAGAAAAGAAGGAAAAUCUAUCCAAAAAUAAGGCACCUGCAUUUUAUAGAAUGUGUAGUAGCUCUGACACUUUAGUUUCUGAAGGUGAAGAGAACCAAAAACCCAAAAAGUCUGAACCCAAAGUUGAUUCAUCUCCCAGAAGAAAGCGUUCUUCCUCAUCAAAUUCUCAAGGCAGCAUCCACAAGAGCAAGGAAGAUGUGGCUGUUAGCACAACUCUGGGAAAACGUUCUCCCUCAGGUGAAUCCAAGAAAAUAGCAUCUUCUCCAACUCCAGGUGAAAGAAGAUUUUUGGAGAGGGCAGGAGAUGCCUCUGCCCCGAGAUUUAACACUGAGCAGAUCCAGUAUCGUGAUGCAAAGGAUAUUAAUGCAAUAACUGCACCAGAAAGAAGGCAGACACCCUCUCCUGCACCAAGGCCCAGUGAGCUUCUAAGAUCUCACUCGACUAACCAGCGUGUUUAUAGUCGUUUUGAACCAUUUUGUAAGAUUGAGAGCUCUAUCCAGUCAACAAACAACGUGACAAAUACAAAUGUCAGCCGUCCAGAAGUUAAAUCCACAACCAUGGGCAACAGUUACGGCAGGUCCAGCCCCAUGCUGAAUUAUAGCGCCGGGAUGUAUCACUCAUACCAACCCAACGAAAACAAGUUUCGAGGAUUUAUGCAAAAGUUUGGAAAUUUCAUACACAAAAACAAAUGAAAUACUUCUAAAUUGUGAGAUGAAUGUGACUGUAAAUCUUUGUCUACACUGUAGUUUUUCUAACAGAACUGAACUGGGGAAUGGUGAGCGUGUUCACAACAGUAGCAGUGUAUAGGGUAAAGUGACUAUCCUUGUAAUCACAUUAGCUGUGGUUUUUCCCAGUAAAGUCAUGGAAGCAUUUUCCUUAUAUGGCAAUAGGUUUCUUUUUUUUUUUGGGGGGGGUGUAAUUCAAUGUUUUCUAAGGAGGUAUUUAAGUAGAAAA